AUGGAAAUAUCGGUUACAUUUCUCUCCGAUCUUCAAAGUUAUCGAAUCGAGAAACCCUACGAGCUCUACCUUCCCACUGAGCCUUCAGUAGCGAGGACCAAUUGUCAAUUUACUGAGCACGACAAGAUCACAAUUCGCGACAUCCGAUACGAGGACACAUCGAAGUUCGACCUAAACACCUCUAGCUUCAAGUUUGUCAAGCACUCUUCUUCAAAGCUACCUACAUCCAGCCUGUUCAACAACGCUGAGAAUGCGAAUUUUAAACUCGUUCCCUACCUAGAGGAAACCGCGGCACUUGUUAAGAGCCAGCUUGGGGCUUCCCAUGUCGUCUGUUUUGACUGGAGGUACCGUCGGAAUAGUACCCGUGUCAAACGUCCUCAUGUGUACGACGAACCAACAACAGAGCGUAAUGCUACACUUUCACCAGCGCAUAUAGCCCACAUUGAUGAGUCAAGGGCGGAGGGUUUCAGGAAGCUAAGUGUAUACCUGGGACGUGAUGAGCUGGAAACUUUCGACCUGCAGAAUUGGCGUAUUGUUUUGAUCAACGUAUGGAGACCAUUGGUGCCUGUUGUUGAAAAUGCACCUCUAGCAUUUUGCGAUCAGCGAACCGUCGAAUUCAACAGCCUGCUUGACUGCGACAAAGUACAUGUUGACCAUGUCACGGAAGGAAUCUACUUGCUCCACGAUACAGAACAAAAGUGGUACUGGAUGUCCAGGCAGACAAGUUCUGAUCCUGUCUUAUUCUCGAGCUGGGACUCUACUACAGAGCCUGGGGGUAUCGCCUCAUUCGGAAUAGUGAAAGCUGAAGCAUAUAUACACUGUGUGCAUCACAUGAUCUCGGCUAGCAGAGCUGCACUAGGCCCGAUUCGGAACAACAACACCAUCCCAGCCCAAAUCCAGCACUUAACCAGAAACCCCGCUACAAUACCACACGGGCUCGAGGAAGCGGAAGGGGCACCACAACGUGAAAGCAUAGAGGUUCGUUCAAUUGCGAUCAUUCGAAAGACAUGA